ACGUAAAUCAACUAUUCUUUGUCCCAAGGAUCCAUCGUCGUCCAUGGAGGGAUCGAUAAAAGUGAUUGAGGAGGAGCAAGAGGCUCCUCAGAGGACAACAAAGGAGCUGCGCGCGCACAAGAUCGUUGAGCAUGAAUCAAGCGUCCACUCUAUGCCCGUGUUGCGGAAGACUGUACAAGAUGAACAGAAGUUUAACCACGCACAUGAAGUACGAUUGCGGCGACCAGACGAGCUUCGUGUGUCACAUUUGCUUGGCCACAUACGGGAAGAAUAUCAAAUUGCGCAGACACUUGUUGCAAAAGCACCAUAUUUACAUCCCGCCAAAGUAUUCCGUCCCCAAAAAAAUAUUCUAGAGACCUCGUCUACGCGUGCCUGAAAAUUUUUCUUUUAUUUUCUUUCUCUUUUCGACAAGAAUAUUCGUUCGUCCAAAUACGGUUUUUACGAUUUGAUUUUUGAAUUUUUGACAAUGUUUCUACUCUUUUUGACGAGGAUAUUGUUCGUCCAAAUAUGGUUUUUAUGGUUUUUAUGAUUUGAUUUUUGAAUUUUUGACAAUGUUCUUUUUAACGAUUUUAAUUUUUACAGUAUUUUACGUAUUUUUAAAACGUGGACGUCACGGUGAGUAGUUGAAACGAGGUUUCUUUUUUCUCUUUUUUUUAUUUUUUAUUAUUUAUUGGUACGUGGAUGAUAUGUUGAUAAAAAUUGAAAAAAGGAGAGAGAAGGGGGAUAGAAAAAUAAAGAAAAAUCGAGAAUCAGGAUUAGAUUGAGAGGAGAAGAAAAUUCUUUACCUUACUCUUUAUCUCUUUUCCUAUUGCAGGGAAAAGAAAUAAAAAUAAGGAUUCAGGAUAUAUUUAAACAGACGCAACAAGGUCUGUAACUCGUGAUUUCUUUUCUUAGAGAAUCAUCCAAUGUUUUACGAUUUUUGAUUUUUCUAAUUAUUUCAAUCCUUACAAUGUACUGUGUACUUUUAAAGCAGAAUAAUUAUGAAAAUUGAGUAUAAAAAAAAGAGGGAAAAAGAGGGAAUGGAAAAAUAAAGAAAAUAAAUCGAGGAUCAGGAUUGGAUCGAGAGGAAAAGAAAAUUCUUCUUCAUCUAUAUCUUUCACCUCUUUACAGGGAAGAGGAAUAAAACUAAACAACGAUAUCCAGGAUAAAUUUAAAAGACAACGAAUCGAAUAAAAUUGUAAAAAUGAAUAAAUAUUGCGCAUGUUGGACACCACUUUC